AACCAGGAAUGUCUCGUAUUGUGGUGAUUUUAAAAUGCUCAAUAGCAAUAAAAUACUGGGACAUGCAUCUACAGAAGUUUCAGGGUGUGUGGUCAGCCCUCUCAUCAGCUGUUGUUUUCAACAGAGAUAGUGAUAUAGAUAAACUAGAUUCUAUCUAUAAUCAAGACAUCAGGAUUGGAUACAAUAUAUGGGAUCCAAAGUUUGUUUAUUCAAACAAACAGAUUGAUGUUUCAACCUAUGAAGGAUACAUUCUUCAAUCAUUUAUAGAAAAAUACAAGCUCAAGGCCAGCUUCAUUUAUGCAAAUGAUUCCUGGGGAGCAUUAGAAGAAAAAACUGGAAAAUGGAAUGGAGUGGUUGGAAUGGUUGGCUAUGGGUUGGAUCUGGGUGUUUGUUAUAUUGCGUAUACUUGGCAAAGAGAAUCCUUUGUUUCCUUUACAUUUCCUAUAGAAGAUGAGUACACUGUUUGGGUGUCAAAGGAGAGAAUUGCAGCUGAUGUUUGUGCUCACCUGCUCACUGAGUCAUUUUCAGACCCUCAAGAAAUGGCCCUGCUUACAGAUGAAGUGUGGACUAUCUGUGGUAAGUCUGGUGCUGUUCAUGCUCUCUCCGAUGAGUUCACUGAAUUUAAGCAACAGAAUUAUAUUCUAUUCAAAGCAAUUGCGAAGUGUGCAGCUUCUGCUAUUAAAGACAGCAUAUUAGCAAUGCUGUGGCCAACCCUGAUAUUCCAGGCAGUUGUACGAGUCUGCAAAUCCUGUAAGAAGACCGAGUCUGAUGAGCAACGGAGGACAGUUCAGCUACUGAUGGACCUCAUGGGAGACUCUCAGUCCAUUCCCAUGAACAACAGGAGGGCUCUGCAACCAGAAGUUAGAUAA